UGGAGCCGGAGUUCAAGUAUGUCGGGAACAUGCAUGGGAAUGAGGUGCUGGGCCGUGAGCUGCUGCUGCAGCUCUCCGAGUUCCUGUGUGAGGAAUACCGCCGGGGCAAUGAGCGGAUCACUCACCUCAUCCAUGACACGCGCAUCCACAUCAUGCCUUCCAUGAACCCCGACGGGUACGAAGUGGCUGCCAAGCAGGGCCCAGACAGCAAUGGGUACUUGACGGGGAGGAACAACGCCAACGGAGUGGAUUUGAACCGCAACUUCCCUGACCUCAACACGUUCAUGUACUACAGCGGGGAAAUCAGCGGGCCAAAUCACCACAUCCCACUGCCCGACAACUGGAAAAGCCAGGUGGAGCCAGAGACGUUGGCUGUGAUCCAGUGGAUCAGCAGCUACAACUUUGUGCUCUCGGCCAAUCUGCACGGUGGAGCAGUUGUGGCAAAUUAUCCCUAUGACAAGUCUCAGGCCCAGGGGUUCAGGAGCCACCGGCGCACAGUCAACACGCCUACCCCUGACGACAAGUUGUUUCAGAAGCUGGCCAAGACCUACUCAUAUGCCCAUGGCUGGAUGCACCGUGGCUGGAACUGCGGGGACUACUUUGCCGAUGGCAUCACGAAUGGGGCAUCCUGGUACUCCCUCAGCAAAGGCAUGCAGGACUUCAAUUACCUCUACACCAACUGCUUUGAAAUCACCCUGGAGCUGAGCUGCAAUAAGUUCCCACCCGAGGAGGACCUGGAGCGGCAGUGGAUGGCCAACCGGGAAGCCCUUGUUGCUUUCAUUGAAGAGGUUCACCAGGGCAUCAAAGGGAUGGUGUCAGAUGAGAACAACAACGGCAUUGCAGGAGCAGUGAUUUCUGUCCAGGGAAUCAGCCAUGACAUCACCUCUGGUGAUAUGGGGGAUUAUUUCCGGCUGCUGCUGCCUGGCACUUACACUGUCACAGCUGCUGCAGAGGGGUACCAGCCCCAAACAGUGACAACAACAGUGGGCCCAGCUGCACCUUCAUUGGUGCAUUUCCAGCUCAAACAAGAUGUGGUGAGGAAGCCCCCAGAGCGUAAAGCCUCAGGCACACGCACAAACAACAAAGCCCUUCAGAAGAAGGUAGUGCCAAGAGCCACCCGCCGAGGGACCCAAAGAUGAGGACAGCUCACUUGGCUGAGAGCUGGGGGAAGCCGUUUAUACGAGACCUGGCUGAAGACUCCAGCCAGUGAACUUUCCAACAGUCCAGCAUGAAACUACCCCAAGUUAUUAGGUUAUUAAAUGAGGAAGUAUUUAAUCCCU